AUGACUGCCCCAGAAUUUCAAUACAAAGAAAAGCCAGACGUUUUAGUUUUAUUCGAUGUCGAUGGUACUUUAACCCCAGCUAGAUUGACCAUCUCUGAUGAAGUUAAAGAAACUUUGAAGAAAUUGAGACAAAAAGUUUGCAUUGGUUUCGUUGGUGGUUCUGAUUUAUCUAAACAACUUGAACAAUUAGGUCCAACUGUUUUAGAUGACUUUGACUACUCUUUCUCUGAAAACGGUUUAACUGCUUACAGAUUAGGUAAGGAACAAGCUUCUCAAUCUUUCAUUAACUGGAUUGGUGAAGAACAAUACAAUAAAUUAGCUGUUUUCAUUUUGAAAUAUUUAUCUUCUAUUGAAUUACCAAAGAGAAGAGGUACUUUCUUAGAAUUCAGAAAUGGUAUGAUUAACGUUUCUCCAAUUGGUAGAAAUGCUUCUACCGAAGAAAGAAAUGAAUACGAACAAUACGAUAAAGUUCAUCAAAUUAGAGCCAAAUUCGUCGAAGCUUUGAAGAAGGAAUUCCCAGAUUUAGGUUUAACUUACUCUAUUGGUGGUCAAAUCUCAUUCGAUGUUUUCCCAACUGGUUGGGAUAAAACUUACUGUCUACAACACGUCGAAAAGGAUGGUUUCAAGGAAAUCCAUUUCUUUGGUGACAAGACUGCUAAGGGUGGUAACGAUUACGAAAUCUAUGAAGAUAAGAGAACUAUCGGCCAUGCCGUUUCAUCUCCAGCUGACACUGUUAGAAUCUUGAACGAAAUCUUCAACUUGUAA